AUGUGUUUCUUCCUCCAGCUGCGAUGGCACCUCCUGUUGCUGUCCUUCGUAGCAUCCUGCCAAAGUUCCUCGCUGGAUCAGAAGGAGAUGGAGGUCCUUGAGAAGGUGCUAUCAGAGCUUUAUCACCCACUUAUGUGGGAGAUCAAGAUGCGCGAUAAGAGAGCGGCGGAGCCCCUUUGCCGCCUCAAGGAGGUGUCCUGCGUGCGAGUGCAGGGCGUGUGGCGGGUGGCGAAGAUCGUCACCAAGGACUCGGAAGUCCCCGCCAUUGGCCGCAUUCCUGAAGAACUCGGCGAGCUCCGGUGGCUCCAGGUCAUUGAUCUCACGGCAGAUCCAUCGGCGAAGGUCAGUCUGCACGGCUCGAUCCCUGAGAGUCUUGGCCAGCUGCUGCAGCUUCGCAAGUUGAUUCUGGCAAACAACCAGCUCACCGGGGAGCUCCCGGCAUCUCUCUUCCAGCUGCGGCAGCUAACGGUCCUGAAUUUGGCCGGGAACAAGUUCACUGGCCAACUGGGGGAGGGUAUUGGGUCGCUGACGCAGUUGCAGGUGUUGAGUUUAGAGAACAACGCCUUCAGCGGUCCUCUUGCAACAUCCUUCGAAAGGCUGUUGCAGCUGAAGGAGCUGAAUCUCGCGGGCAACGCCCUCACAGGCGACGUGCUAAGCGAACUGGGACAGAUGUUGCAGCUGAAGACCCUCUCGUUGGCCAACAACGUGCUGAAGGGGCGCCUUCCCGAGAGUCUCGGCAACUUGCAGCAGCUCACAAAGCUGGAGUUGCAAGGCAACGACUUCUCGGAGCCUCUGCCGGAUACACUGGGCCGACUGACAGAGUUGAAGACGCUGCGUGUGAAUGUGAGCACGGUUCCGUUCACGCUGAGGCGCCUCACUGAACUGCAAGACUUCUACCUCAAUGGUGAGUCGAACUGCGCGCCUGUCAUCAACGACAACUGCCACCUCUUUGAGACCGGCCAAGGCUGCCAGCAGGACGAAGAAGAGCUCAUCACAAAGAUCAUGAAGAGCCUUUGGGGCAACAACUACGAGCGGUAUACCCGUCGACUGGAGGGUUGCCCCUGCUUCUGGUACGGUGUUUCCUGCGUGAGGGAGAACGGCUUCCUGAGAGUAUGGGGCUUGAACAUCAAGGACUUGGAGUUGAAUGGGACCUUGCCAGAUGAGCUUGGGUCCCUUGCCAACCUCAAGGAGAUUCGUCUCGUGGGAAGUCUGACAGGCGAGCUGCCUGUAUCAUUGAGCCAGCUGCAGCAGCUUCGAUAUCUGAAUCUGGAAAACAACCAGCUGAGUGGUGAUCUCCCGUCGAAGUGGAAGGCACCACGGUGCACCAAUCUCCAGAGCCUAAGCCUCUCCAUGAACUGGCUCACGGGAAAGCUACAGGAUUUCUCGGUGGGGCUCUUGCCUGAGCUGGAGAUACUUGAGCUGGCUCGCAACUCUCUGACGGGUUCCCUUCCAGGAGACCUCGGCAAGUUGUCUCGCCUCCGGGUUUUGGAUGUGAGGGGGAAUGCCCAGCUCGGGGGCGAGAUUCCUGAAUCCCUGGGACAGGCAAAAAGCUUGGUCCAGCUCGACGUGUCCAACGGCAAAUUUCGCGGCUCCAUGCCGGCAACCCUGGCUAACCUAACGAAGCUGCAGGAACUUGCGAUCGACGGCAACAGAUUCCAGGACUUCUCUUCGGCCUUAUUGGAGCUCACGCGGCUGUGGAGAUUUCGUGUGGGCUCGAAGGACGAGCAGGCGAACUGCGCCCCGGUGGAGGAGGAUCCUUGCAGCCUCUGGAAGAGGUCAGACCGCUAUAAGCUGGAGCUUUUCCUGGAGGCACUCUGGACGGGACGCUACUGGAAAACACAUUCCUACAGUCCGUCGCAGCCGUUUUGUACGUGGUCCGGGGUUAGCUGUGAGCGCAUCGGUGGGGCUUGGAGAGUCACCUCUCUGACUGUGGAGGAUCCAUUCCUUUCUGGGCGUGUCGACCCCGUGAUCCUAGACUUGGAGCACCUGAAGGAGCUCCGACUCAGAUCCCCCCACCUCUCAGGUUCGAUGCCACCCGAUCUGUCCCGGCUCAGGCACCUGGAGGUCCUGGUCAUCGAAGGAGGCAGGAUGGAUGGCGACAUUCCCAGCCUCGGCAGCCUCAUGCAGCUGCGAGCCGCAGCUUUCGUCGGUGGCUUUGCUGGCAUCUUCUUCCUCGACUCGCUGCCGGAUGGAAUCAGGGAAGUCACGCUUCGAAGUUCCAACCUGAAGAUCGUAUUUGGGUCGUCGUGGGAGGGGGGGCGAACACUGGAACUGCUUGACCUUCGUGGUGUGCAGCUAGAUGACUCUCUGAAGGAGAUCGUCCGGACCCUUCGGUCCUGGACGGCACUGAAGAGCCUGGACCUUUCGGCGACGGGGCUGCAGAGUCCUCUACCGACUACGAUGUACCAUCUGCAAAGCCUGCAGAGACUGAAGCUGGCAGACAACCUGCUCUCAGGCGAGCUCCCGGCAUCUUUGGGUGCGAUGACGCGGAUCGGCGUGUUGGACCUGAGCAACAACUCCAUCACAGGGUUCGUUCCCGCAACCCUGCGUGGCAUGUGGAAUCUGGAGACCUUCUCUCUGGCCAGGAACUAUCUGAAUCACAGGGCGGCCGACAGGGACUGCGCGCCCGUUGCGAAGGAUCCCUGUCGCCUCUUCUGGGUUGAUGGGAACACUCGAGACGUACUCGGGCUGCUGGCCUUCUCCUGCCCGGUGUUCAUGUUGUACAGACGUCCAAGUGAAGAAGAUAAGCGGGUACCACCUGGAGCCCUCGAGAUGGCUGUCGAGUACCACGUGGCCAGCAUUGACAUGCACAAGCUGGUGGCGCUGAUCGUCGUGCUGGCUCAGCUGGCGCCUCUGACAGUGAUCUGGUGGUGGGCUCUGGGCUCUGAGGCCUGGGUGGUCAUCGUUCUGAUGAUCAAAGCUUGGGCCUUUGCUCCCUCGUUGAGCCAGGCGAGAGUGCAAGGCCGCCAGGAAUUCCAUGGGCUCAACUUCUGGUUUCCUGCCGGCGCCUCCAUCGUUUCUGUGCGUUCUCGCGAGCCACCGAUACAAGAAGUGUUGCUGGUCGGCGUGCUGGCCUUCAUCGUCUGGGACUUUUGGAGCAACCAGGAGACUCAGUGGGCUACUAUAGCGGCGAGUGGAGAAUUGCUGCAGUGGCUGAUGGCUGACCCAUGGGGAGGAGCCAACUUGCUGAAGCUCAUCCUCUUCAUCAUGAUCACUUUGGAUGUAGGCAUCCAGAUGUACCGAAGCCACUUCGGCAGUGAUGUCAGCUUCGUGGAAAUUAGCUCGGCUGCCGUACGGCACCGCCAAGCUGCGAAUGCUUUCGCCCAGAGCACCCAGCGCAAGAGAUGGCGGGAGCUUCCCCGACGCAGCAUCGACAUCAACUUCCAGUUGCCCUUCACUCCGGCCCAAGACGUCCAAAAUGAAGAGGGCUCCGGAGAAGUAGAGCUGCAGGAUGUCCGAUCGUUUCCUCCACGGUCAUCUUCGGCAUCCCGCUCCGGCAGUUUCGCCGAUUCUGAGCAGGCAGCUCCUAUCAUCGAGAUGUUCGACUUCGACGAUCCAGAAGUGGUCGAUGCCGCAGACUGCUCCGAGUCUCAGCAAACGACACUACUGCAGCAUGGUCUUCAAGUCACGUCACUUGACAGGCAGGAUAAGCAGGCGCAGGAGCUUCUUUCUGAGAUCCAGAACCUCAGGAUCAUGAACCAGGACUCGCCUGUACUGCCAAACAUCGAUGCGAAUGGGCGACUUUGUUUUCUUUGCGGCACCCCUUCAGAGGAGCGCGCGCCCAACCUGUCCUACGUUAUAAGAGAUGACUGUGGCAACCAUAGCUUGCUCGAGUAUUCCGCGAUGAUGGAUGUGCCUUUGAGCAACUUCCAGCGCAAUGCUACAGAAGAGCAUAAUGCAACAUUCGGCUGGUGCGAGCUCAAUGUGGAGAAGACUUGCGCUGAUGCCAUUUACAAUCAGGAUUACAUGAUCUUUGCGAAAAGUGUCGAAAUUCCCGAUGUUCCAUUGGUGCAUUACAAGGUUGCUUCUUGGGACCAGUACUACUGCCUCUACAACGGGUGGAUCUCCAAAGAAGUCAGAGCACUGCAGCACGAUUUUCUGGGAAUGUCUUUGAAAGGUCAAGAGCUUUGCAAUUCCGAUGAACUCGUGCAGAGAGGGUCAAAGGGCAACAUCACUAUGAGGGACAUGAUGAAACGCUGGCUGCCUGCACUGCCUGGCUUCCCGGGCAGCCGUCCGAGUUACGAGGAUGCGAAGUUCAUGGCAGCCUGGACAUGUGCUAUGGGCAGUGCGGCUUGUGACAUGGCGUACUGUGCCUACACCUACUGCUUGAAAGGCGACGGCCUCGGAACCUACCACGAGUGCGCUGGAUGGGAUCCGGUCAAUGGCAUGCCCAUAGAUAUGUAA